GAGUCGAAUUAACCCAUUGCUAGUUCAUAGAGUGGCUCAAAAUUAAUCAAAUACAUCCCUGUUUAAAUUUAUGUAUAUGUAAUUUUAUGUAUUUCACAAUUACAAUGUCAACUCAAUUAUUAUUAUUAUUACAGUGGGUUUGUUUGUGUGCAUACAUUGACAAUAAUUUUUAAAUUGAAACAUCACUUCCGUAUCCAUAAUAUUAUUGAAUAAGUCAAUUGAAUGUCACCGCCGAUGUCGUUGUCGUCGACAAUGAAUUCGAGGCAAACCUUUUGUCACCAAUAUUUGUCACGUUUUGUCGAUAUAAGUGACAAAACCAUUGACAUUAUGGUCCGAAAUGGCUUUUAUUCGGUUAACACUUUACGGGCCAUCGAUAUGGACAGAGACUGGAAUCACUUACCGUCGGAGAUAUCCAUUGCCCAGAAGGUACUGUUGCGGAAGGCGUUGGCCAAACUCGCAGACGAUGACUAUGUGGAUGAUAAACAAGAUCUAACUGCAAGACAAUCGGUAUCUAACAAACCGGUUGUAAUUAAUUCGGACAACAAGAUAGACACAGUUUCGGAUAGCAAUGGAAAGUCAUAUAAUAAUAAUAUUGAAGUAAAGAAUAAAAAUAAAUUUCGUUACCAGAGGAAUGACUCAACUAAUAGACAAUUCAAAUGUAAUUAUAAAAACUGCGACAAAUCGUUUAGAAGCAAAAAAUCUUUAUCUCAACACAAGAAAAAUGUUCACUCAAUCCGUAGGCCAUAUAAUUGCAAUUACAAAGACUGUUAUAAGUCGUUCAAAGAAAGACAACUACUGUGUCGACACCAGAAAGAGUUUCACUCGACUGACAGACCGUUUAUCUGCAAUUAUAAGGACUGCAACAAGUCUUUCAAAUUCAAUCAAGAUAUGAGUCAACAUAAGAAAAUGUUUCACUCGAUCCGUCGGCCAUUUGUCUGCAAUAACAAAGACAGCGACAAGUCGUUCAAAAACAAAGCUAAUCGACAGAAUCGACACCAGAAAACCAUUUACUCAAAUCAUCAGUUAAUUAGUUCUCAUCGUAGGAAUCGAUCAACAGAUACAAUGACCGCCGCCACCACCACCUGUGGCACCAAAUUGACGACUUUGUCAACACUGUCACCUAACUUUAUCUUUACUAACAAUAAGCCGGUCAUUACUACUAUUGCCAAACCAAAGGUUGACAUUAAACCAAUUGUAGACAUCAAACCAGAUCUGAAGUCCACUGCUAUUAUCACUGUAAUUGACUAAUUGGAUCAACCGGUCAAUUGAAGCUUACAUUCAAUCAUUAAAUAUUAAUCUUAACAAAGUGUCGAUCUCUUAACGGUUCAUCACUUUUGCUAUAAUAAUAAAACUUUUUUUG